UGAGCACAGGCCGGCUGCUCUCCCAGCUGACUGGGCGCGCCACUGAUAUUCAGUUCAGAUCUGUCGAUAGUGACAACCUCUUGUCCAUCGGCCCGGGCAGAUGACCUGCCUGCUAAGCCACAGUGGCCGGCCGAGUGCGGUCUGGUCUAACUGCAGUCUGGCCGUGGUCCGACGGUGGUCCGACGGUGGUCCGACGGUGGUCCGGCUGCGGUCUAGUUGUGGUUCGGUCGCAGUUCGGUUUUGGUCCAGUAUCUUGUGCGGCAUUGAUAUGUUAUUGUGUGAUGGAGGCACUUGCUAUGCUACCAAUGUGAUGAAGUCAGCGACUGUGUUCCGCAAGUCUCGGUCCAUGAAUACUUAAUGUCGCAGGCCGCGCCAACGCCGAUGACCCUGGGUGGUGAAGACCAUGGCGGGUCCAAUGCUGUCGUGUCCGCCGGCCCGGCCGACCGGCCACAGCCGCUGCCCUCCGGCGCCGAGGGCCGCCAGAGCGCAGUGUCGGACCAGGUCAAGCCGGCGGCGCGCACCUACCGGCGCCGCUGGUACAUCCUGCUGCUCUUCUCGGCCAUCGGGUUCGUGCAGUGUGCCGUCUGGAACACGUUCGGUCCCAUCACGGUGGCCGCGCAGGCCGCCUUCCCCUCCUGGGACAACGCCACCAUCUCGAUGCUGAGCAACGCCAGCAACAUCACCUACCUGGUGGUGGUGGCGCCCUACUGCUGGCUGCUGAGCCGGUACGGCCUGCGCCCGGCCGUGCUGCUCAUGACGCUCUGCAUGGCGGUGGGCACGGCGCUGCGCAGCAUCUCCUCAGAGGAGACCGCCUUUACGGUGGCGGCGUUCGCGUGCAGCGUGCUGAACGGCAUCGGCGGCGUGAUGGCCAUGGCGGCGCCCGUCUACCUGUCCUCGGUGUGGUUCCCACCGGGCGAGCGCACCACGGCCACCUGCGUGCCGGCCGUCAGUCAGGAGCUCGGCAUCGCGCUGUCGUUCGUCAUCGGGCCGCUGAUGGUGCAGCUGCCGGGCGGCGCCGACCCGCACUCGGACCCGGAGGCCACGCGCUACUACAUCAUGCUGCUGAUGGACGUGGAGACGGGCGCGGCGGCCGUACUCUUCCUGGCCGUGCUGCUGUACUUCCCCUCGCGGCCGCCGCUGCCGCCGUCGGCCAGCGCGGCCGCCGCGCCGCCGGCCGGCUCCUUCUGGCGCCGGCUGCUGGAGGCGGCGCGCGCGCCCGACCUGCCCUGGCUCCUGCUGGCCUACGUGGUGCCCGGCGGCAUGCAGGUGGCCUACUUCGCCCUGCUGGAGAUCAGCCUGGCGCCGCUGGGCGUGACGCAGGAGCAGGCCGGCUGGCUGGGCUUCUGGGCCAGCGUGGCCUCGUGCGUGUCGGCGCUGCUGGCGGCGCGACUCACCGACCUGUUCCAGGGCCACGUGCGCGCCACGCUGCUGGCGCUGCUGCUGGCGGGCACCUGCGGCUACGGCUGGCUGCUGGCCCAGGUGGCCGGCUGGCAGACGUUCUCGCUGCCGUCGCUGUACGGCGCCACCCUGCUGGCGCUGGCGUUCACGUACGCCACGGCGCCGCUGGUCUACGAGUACGCCGCCGAGCUGCUGUACCCGGUGACGGCCGACGUCAUCGGUGCCGUCCUGAGCGUCGGCCUGAACGUCACCGUCUCCGCGUCGCUGCUGCUGCUGCUGGCCGAGCCGCUGGCCGAGAACACGCUGUGGAUGAACGUGGCGCUGGUGUGCGCGCUGCCGCUGGGCAUGGCCGCCCUCAGCCGCACUAGGGAGGUGUACCGGCGGACCGAGCAGGACUGCGGACGGCAGGACGGAGGGCCGAUACCGGCCGACGCCGCGAGCGCCGCCGACCAGCCGCCCAAAGACACCGCGGACAGUGCGGGCAUCGAACUGAGGGGCAUUCACCAUGUGACACAAAUUUGAUUCCAAGGGAUCGCUGUUGAAUUGAUUGCUUAUUUAUCUGUGCAAUGUGUUACUCGUUUUUUUUUUUGCUGCAUUGGACGCAUGGGAAAACAUUUAAGAUGUUUCUAUUCAGUAGUUUGCCUACGCCUGACAGUCCGCACUACCUGAAGACAUAUUUGAAGGCAUGUACUUCGAAAGGAAGUCCAUGGGCUGUGGUACGCCAUGGAAUGGCAAGUGAUAUAUGAUGUUGAUGCUAUCAGGAAUUCAUUUUAACCUAAAUUGAGGACAUGCGCCAUGCGCGUAAGACUAAGAUUAGCUAUUAUUUACCUUGACAUAAAAGGUAACUAAAUACCGAGGACAAAAAGAGAAUUGUGCCGACGUGAACGUACCGUCGUUGUUAGAAUUUAGCCGAUAGCAAAACAGCCUGGGCUGGUCUAUCCCCAUUGCAUAUAUUGAUAUCAAUAUCACGUGCCGUUAGCUCUCUGCUCAUUUUUUUUUUUUUUACCUUGACCGAUACACAUCGUCCUGGUCACUUUGGCUGCCUCGAGCUCUGAAGCCUCUAGACCGAAUCUGAUAGCAAAUGUGAUAAACUUAUCGGGCACACAACAGUGAUUCAGUGACCCACCCUUUUACACAGAUAGAGCGAGUGGCUUAUGGUAUGCUUACUCAAUUCAAGGGUACUUAAAGGUACUCACAUUAUGUGAGACAGAUAUUCAUGUGUGUAUGAUGUAAAUAUUAUCAAUAGUAUCCGCAAAUGAAAACACUUUUUCAAAACGUUGAUGCCAAAAUAUUUGUAAUACAAGCCUGGCGGUUUUUAAAUGCCUACCGAGCUGCCGUUAAAUGACGUUACGACUAGACGACUGUAAAAGUAAACCGUCAGGUGAUAUUUAAAAUCAGUUUCAGCUGCGGUAGUUGUUUGUGUUUGCGUCGCCCUCCCAGAUAAGCACAGAGCUAACUGUAGCUGAGUCAUAGAGCUAUCCAGGACAUAGGUAUCUGAGCAGGCGAGUGACUCCGGGACGUCUGUAGCCGCCGAGCGGCCGGUCGGCUCGGCCGGCCCCCUGCGGAACGCCAGCCCGGUCCGGCUGUGCAGACAGGCUGUGGUAAGCCGCUAAUUUCCCAGUGGUGCCCUGUGGGCGCUCGACUCUUGUUUACCUCCAGUCUCUCAGCCUCAGUCACUACAAAGGGGGCGACGUACCCAAUUAUACACUCAGCUUGGGCUUUAAACUCAUGCUGUUACCAACCUAAAACGCUUUGAGGUGUGUAAGAAAUGGAUUUCUCGUAAAUGCCUCCUCUCUUCUCUCUCUCUCUUUACAUGCAUUUUGACCAAAUAAUUAACAUCUAGUCAAUUCA